UUACAUCUGUUGCCAUGCAGCAGUCAGAGAGCGGCGGAGGGGCGGCGACUUCUGAAGUCCAGCUCAACGACCAACCCAACGCGCUCAUCGCGUGCAAAGUGCCAGAAGAGGUUUUUAAUGAGCAGCAGUUAAAGGAGCAGUUUGAAGCUUUGUUCCGUGCGUUUGAUCCCAGCACGUCGUUCCAGUUCUUCAAAAGCUUCAGACGGGUUCGGAUCAACUUCACCGAUGCGUUGGCGGCAGCCGAGGCCCGAGUCAAACUCCAUAAGAGCGACUUCAAUGGAAAGGAGAUGCGUCUGUAUUUCGCUCAGUCAGUACAUAUCGGCAGUCCUCGUCUUGAGCCUCCUAAACCAGAGAAGCAGUUCCUCAUCUCUCCUCCAGCGUCGCCCCCUGUAGGCUGGGCGCAGUCGCAGGACGCUAAGCCCAUCAUCAACUAUGACCUGCUGUGUGCUGUGUCUAAACUAGGACCAGGAGAACAAUACGAGCUCCACACUGGAACCACCAACACACCCAGUGUGAUCGUACACGUUUGUGAGGAUGACAGCUCCGACGGCGAAGACGAGACAGGAGAGGGCGGCAAACGUGCGCGACCCAAGAUCAUCCAGACCCGCCGCCCAGAUUACGUCCCAUCCGUCAACCAGUGAGCGGCUAAUUCUGGGCCGUUUCAUCUUCUCAACCAACACUGGGAUAACUAGGAAGCAUGCGGUCAUGCAGUUCAUCAUCCUCGCCACCGGGGAGGCCGGCGAGCAUCAGAUCCUCUUCCUAGUUAGCGAGGGAGUCGACCAUCCUCAUAUCUCGCGUUUCAUUUCUUACCAUCCAUCUCUGAUGGAGUCAGGGACUUUGAGGACUUGGGAGAGUUCCUCUCAUCUUACGAAUGUCAUUAUUUGCUUGACGUCACAACUGUGUAUUUUAAUAAUCCGAGAGAAAAGCGGCGGUAAAAUCUGAAGGAGUUUUCAUGUAGCACAAACAAACUGAACAUUGUGUCUGAAGUGUGUAUCGUUCGGGGCCACUAACAUGUACUCAUCGCCAUUAUCAUGUAUCGUCUCUACGUUUAGUCACUCGUACAGUCUUUGAAAGUCAUUAUUAUUGUUGCUGAAGUUCUUCACAAGCUCCAAGUAUUAUGCACUUUAAAAAUAGAGCCUUA